UACUACUUCCUGAUUCAUUAGAAGUUUCCUUUUAACUGUUGGUAGUGUCACAUUUUCAUCGUCGUUUGAACAAAGCGGACGCUGAAUUUUUCUCAGAUAGAAAGACUUCAACCCGAAUCAAAACCUAAUAUUCGAAUUUGACAUGGCGAAUAUCAGACAGAAAAUUGAGAAUGGUGACAUUGAAGGAGUUAAAAAUAUGAUAAGAACGAAUCCAACAAUAAUUCACCAACGUUAUGGUGAAUUGGGACGAACUCCUCUAAUGUUGGUCUGUAUAAAGGGCGCCGAUAGAAGAAUACUCGAGACCUUGAUAGAUGCAGGAGGAGAGGUGGGAGCAAAAGACUGCGAGGGUUGUACAGCCUUACAUUUGGCUGUGUAUUGCUGUCGUCUUGAAGCCGUGGAGCUCUUGCUAUCUCGGGGCAGCGAGGUGAAUGGGAAGAGCAAGGAUGGCUGGACUCCUCUCCAUUUUGCUGCAAUCUCAUCUCCGGAAUGGACAGAUGGUGUGAGAGCAUUGUUGCAACACAGCUCUGUUGAGGUGAAUCCUCGAGAUGUAGAUGGUCAAACACCGCUGCACCGGGCCUGUUCGCGGGGACACUUGCACACUGUCGACAUGUUGUUGGGUCACAAUGGCAUUGAUGCCACUGUUGUGAACAACGAUGGAGACACACCACUGCAUGUGGCAGUUCGGGGGCGAAAGUAUAAAGUGGUGUGUCUGAUGCUGAACCAGGGUUCAGUUCAGUUGGAUAUUCAAAACAAAAAGAAAAUGACACCAUUGCUUGAAGCCGUUUCCCGGGGUCACCUCGGAAUGACGCACAAGCUAAUAGCACUGGGUGCAAACAUAAAUGCUGUUGAUGGUGAUGGUAACAGCUGUUUGCACCUUGCUGUGAAAAGAAAAGUGUUUAAUUCCGAGGGUGCACCCAUGGAUUCACUAAAUGAAUGCUGCACUGCCCUUAACCUGAACAUGGACGAAAGGCUCUCUGGUGUAGUGGUCGCGAGAUAUCUCGCCAGCCAGGGAGCUGACUUCCACCAUAAAAACAACAACAAUAACACACCAUUGGACCUCAUUAAGGACCCAAAUUUGAAAAAAAAUUAGAAGCAUUUUUACCACCACAAUGUCGUUACUGUCAUGAGAACAUGGCCACCGUGAGACUGCAACCAUGUGGAGAUCUUGUUCUCUGCGAGAAUUGUUCUUCUGAAAUGACAUUUAAGAGAUGCCCCGUGUGUCGAGAAUACACACUCAGUAAAAGAGAAUUUGAGUCUCCAAAGUCUGAGGACAAAUGUGUACAAACAGAGGUGGCAUCUGAGGAAAUUGGUUUUCAAAAACUGGAUGAGAGGUAUCUCCUAAAGUUGGCAUGUCAGUUAGGAGGCAAUUGGUGGAAAGUUGGCAUAUUUUUGGGGAUUAAAAGUAUCCAACUGGGAAUUAUCCGGCAUGACUUUUCUGGUAAUGUUCAAGAGCAGAGCUUCCAGAUGCUGCUCUACUGGUCAACACAUUGUGAUCCGCAGGAAGUUACGGUGGAUACAUUGAGGGCAGCUCUUGUGGAAGCUGAGUGCUUAACUGCACUCGAAAGUCUAUCAUUACUUGAAGAGUGAAUUGUUGCGUAAAUGUUGUUUAGUCACCAGAUCAACCAUGACCAAACAAUGAUCUAUGAUCAAAUGUCUCCCAGCCAUGACCAUCCUGUCUUUAUUGCUAAUGUAGAAAACUCAGAACCACAUUGUCCCACUUGUCCUACCUUAAGAUGAUGAAGUGUGAAUUUUGGUAAAUUUGGUUAUUAUUUCUAGCAGAUCUGUCAACCAAAUAGAGACCACUUUACUGGUUUGGCUCCCUUGUAACCAGAAAUUACAUUCUGAAAUAAAUAUAAACUUUGAAAUGUUCAA